ACAAUUAGAGAUAAAAUUUUGUUUACAUCACAACUCUCUUUACAGCACCAUGUAUACCAAAUUAAAAAAAUAAUAAUAAAAGAUAAAAAAAAAAUUAAAAAAAAAAAAAACACACACACACACAAAAGGCAAAAAUAUACAAGUACAAUAUUCUAUUCUUCCACAGCUUUUAGCCUUUUACUACCAUAAGCUGUAUAAAAAUUAAGUAUUUAUGGAAAACGAGUGGUUCAUGUAGCAAGACAUACUAUUUUCAGUUUUUUAACUCACUAUAUAAUAGGUAAGUCCCUCACAAAUUUGCAAUAAUACUGUAAAAUAAGGUUAGUUGAAAGCUUUAAAGCCAUUUCCAACUGCUUUUCAUGUUUCUUUCAAUUCCUAUUAAGCUGCAACAAAACAUAAGAAUAAAGUUCCCAAGAGAAAGACUAGCUCAAUUCUUCUUUAUUAAGGUCAGUUUCUUCUUCAUAAUCUUCUUGAAUAUUUUACUUUGUUAUCUAAUUUUGCAAAUUUUUUAGGAACAUUUUGAAUUUUAUUUUUUUAUUUUUUUUAUUUUUUUUUUUAACUGCUAUAAAAGAGGUAAUGGGAUUACCCACCUACAAGAGUUGGGUAGCUGUUUUAAAGCAAACAUCAUGAAAUGUUUAAGUUUGAAGAAUAUAAUUUGGGUAAAUUUUUUUAUGGCAUGUUUGAUCAAAGAAUUUGCAAGAGGUGUGAAAAAUAUUAGGUAGGUCCAUCAUACACUCGAAUGUCAUUUUACGUUCUUUCACUUUAACAUACUAGAAGCACAUGUGAAAAAGUGUGAUGAAAAGAAGAAUGUAAGAGGGUGUAAAAUUACAUUUCUCUUGUAUUUAAUCUAGAAAUUGAAUACUUAAAACAUAGGAAAUUAUGGAUUUAGUUCAAUUUCUAAGAUCUUUGUAAUAGAUUAUAUAAUUACUUGGGCUGAUCAUUACAACCCGAAUAUAUUAUACUUAAAAUCCAUAUUCAAGCAAGAAAGAACAUCCCAUAAAUUGAAAAUGUGGCUGUUAAAAGCUCACAUAUUUGUUGAAUGUUUUUUUACACAAAACAUAGCAUGGAUUACUUGCUUUUUUUUUUCUUUUUUUUUUGACACAAAGCAUGGAUUACUUGCUAGUACAAUGUACAAGUUCUUUAUUUGAAGUACAAGAAGAUGAUAUUCUCAUUAAAUUGGUAAUAAAUGUAAACUGGUACGGUCUGUAUCUUGAAAGUGAACUACAUUAUAAUGAAUUAAAUGAAUGAAGUUGCUAGCUUGCAUAAUUUUAGGAAUUACUCUUAAUAUAGGGAGAGAUGUUAAGAGAUCUUUUAGAUUUGGGGUUCCUAGAAAGGAAAAGUGAGCACACCUAGCCUAGCUACCGGUCACGGCCUAUUUGGACCAGUCCACAUAGAGCAAGGCUGUUUAUCGAACACCCAGCUUGUUAGCCGGGCUAAUUUUGACAUGAACUAAGAGCAUCCGAACUGGACCGUCCAUGAAUUGGCUCAGCCCAGUUGACAGUUGUGUACUCCGAUCAUACAAUACAAGUGGGAUGAAUAAGAGCCGUACUAAUAUCCCAGUGAUUGCUUGAUUGAACAUAGAAAGUAAUAUUUCUAAAGUUUCUAUUUUACCCAAGUAAUUCCAUUUUCUAGAAAGUGCCAAAAUUUGUAUUAGGAAACCCUGAUUUUCAAUGCAACUUCCUUUAUAAUAUUUUUGUCUACCAAACAAACGUGGUAGAAAUUUCUACUAUACUUCACGUUUUAGAAUACUCUUUGCUGAUGCCUUAUCUUAUGCCUUAAAUCAUAGUGUUGGUUGCAGAAAGAAUGAGUGUGUGCCAGACAUGCGGAAUGAGAGGCAUCCCUGAACUAUUAGUUGUAUGCAGCAAGUGCCAAAUUGCCUCCGAACACGUUUACUGCCGUAAUAAGUUGGCAGAGACAGAUGAUGAUGAAGUCGAAUGGACUUGUGAAUUUUGUGAGCCAAGGAUCGUUGAACUGUCUGAUUCAACAAACAGUGUUUCAGACACAGAAAGUGGUGAACUAAAAGAUGAUGCAAAGGAGCCACUUCAUACAUCAUUAAUUGAGGAAGCUCAGAGUGUGAGAAAUGCCGAGGCUGGUCCAUCAACCAAUGAGAUACAGUUAUUCUGCAGAGAUUUGGAAACGAGUCAUGAUCCAAAAAGGCAAACACACAAAUAUGUUGUUGGAGACCUGCAUUUUCCAGAUGAAGACUUUGAAGCAACAAGUGCUAGGGCGGCUAAGUCUGGCUCUCCGGAAACAUCCUGUAUCCUUGAAGAUGACUUCUGUAGCAAUAUAGAGCCACUACCAGAUCCUUUUUGGAAGGGAAGUUUUAAGAUAUAUGGAGAAAAAUCUUGUACUGUCCAUGAAAUGAUGGCACACCUAUCCAACGAAGCAUGCAAAGAAGCAUCAGAGGUGACAAGUUCUUUGCCUGUGCUCCUACGCUUAGAGAUGGUUUCUAAAUUCAACAUUUGGCCUGUGAAGUUCAAGGAAACACUGCCAACAGCUUAUAAUAUUGCAGUGUACUUUUUUCCUGAUCACCGCACUGAAAGAAUGUACGACUGCCUAGUGGAUGACAUAGUUGACCGUGAAUUAGCCAUGAUAUCAAGGAUCAAUAAUGUUGAGCUCCUGAUCUUUUCAUCUUGUGAGCUGCCACCAAAUUAUUGGAGAUUCAAACGGAAAUAUUAUCUAUGGGGUAUGUUUAGAAGAAAGAAGAAAACCUUACCUCAACACCAACAUGAUGAUUCUUCAUCCAGCAUACAUAGUAGCAUCAACCAUACGGCUCCUUCAAAAUUGUCAACUGAAACAGGUGGUAACUGAGUCUGUCACAGAGAACUUGGCUAUUCUGAGCCAAUUCACAAAGGACUGGAAAUUAUUUAACAAAUGCAAUGCAAUGAUUUUGUGCUAACAAGAAGCUAGGAAAUGCUGGAAAUCUGCUGAAAGCUAAGCACAGCAUGCUCGUGUUAGCUGCUCUGGCGCAUAUUACCUGGUGUGUGAAAGGUAUAAAAGACUUAGGCCAUGUCAUGCAAAUUGUGCAAGGAGUGCUUCUCCAUAUGCUGCUGUAAACUCAUACAGGAAAGGCUAUCCCUGAUCAUCAAAACUUGAUGUCAAUAUUGCUAAGCUAAGUUGUUAGGUUAAUUCAAUUUUCUGUUCAUUUCUAUUACUUUGGGGAGG